AAUGUGCGAAUGUAGACAACGGCUUUACGACCAUCAGCGCGUCAAAGCUGAUCUAAAUUGGAGUCUUGUGAUCAUCGGGAAUAAUCCCCGAUGACUAAGAGGGGAAAUCUCCCUCGAACGUCUCCCGAAAUGAAGUAUAGUGUAUCGACUAAAACAAAGUCAUUAAGUGUGUGUUAGUUCUCACAGAACUCCGAUAUUCCUAUGGAACUGGUCGUCACAGUGUGGAACGGAGCCAAAGAUAGUUUCCUUAUCCAGUAAAACUCAGAAUUUCAUCUUACACUAUCACAACACAUAUCGGGAUAUUGUGGCCGGCAGCAAAUUCCAUAGGUUACCGAAUGCAGCACGCAUGCUUCAAAUGAAGUGGGAUCGCGAUCUGGCAUAUUUGGCCGAGCUCCUUGUGAAACGCUGCGAUCUACAGCCCACAAAACACUGCAUUUCCACGGAAGUAUUCUCCUCUCCGGGAUACCAUGCGGUCUACAACAAGUUCAAGGCGAACGCGAGUAAACUUAAAAUAAUAAGAUCCCAGCUGAAUGCGUGGUACGAUCAGUAUAAGCACGUCUCUGCGCCCAGUUUAAUAGAUGGAUUGUCCAUUGAUAACAAAGAGAUUGGACACUUCCUCAGAAUGAUGGUGGGCCCAAGUAGUAGAUUGGGCUGUGCCAUAGCCAGAAUCAAAAAAGAUAAAUGGACCCAUCAAUGGCUAUCCUGCCUGUAUAGCUGUUCACCCAAGAAACACUCCAUACUAUAUGAAUAUUCUGCUAAGCCCGCAAUGUAUUGUAGCACCGGUGUUGAUGGAAAGUUCCAACAUCUUUGCAAUGUCUCAGAGCCUGUGGUAGAUUGCAAGCACUCCGAGUUGUUCAAAGCAGUCAUUAGUAACGAUACUGCAUCGAUUAUCAGGGGCAUGAUGAACAAACAAGUUAAGUCCAGGACUCUUUGUGGUAUCUGUAGCAUUUGCUGCCAGUGGUGGGAUUGGGCGAAAGGUACUUGGGGUCUGGUAACGAAUACUUGGAGUACCAUAGUCGGUGGUAGUGGUGGUGGUGGUGGAGGUGAAGAUGAAGGUGAAGAAUGAAUCCCAUGUUAAUGUUUUUGGAAACAUUAUAAUCAUUAAAGGCAAUAUAAUAAAAACUAUUUCGAAAUUAUA